CGAUAUAUCAACCAGUUAAUCAACCAACGAAACAACAUGGGAAUCAACAGGCUUGUCAACCCGUGCUCCAACCAGUUAACCAACCCAUGUAUCCACACAUGAACCAAUGGAACGCCUCACAAUAUCCACAGAACUUAACACGCCAACCCUACAACAACCAGACGAACGUGUGGUCGACCAACCAGACUAAUAUGAUGAUCACGCAACAACCCCUUUCUCUAACAAGCCAACCCACUUAUUACGGACAACCACCAGUUUUUGACACAAAUCAGGAUGUUAUGCGGACCGAGUCGUAUGGCUGCUACAUAGCAAUCAGCAUCCUUACUAUCGUGUUCUGUUGCCUCCCCUUCGGCAUCAUUGGCUUACGUUUAUCAAUAAAUGCUUGUAUUUUGUACAGAGAUAGACAGUUUGUCGACGCCCAAAAUAGUGCCAAAACAGCUUGCAGAUUCAACAUCUCCGCUUUUGUGAUGGGCGUCAUUUUAUACUGCUCAAUGUUAGUAUGGUAUUUCAGGUAUAGAUAACUGACUUCGUGAGAAUUGUGAUAAAUGUGUACUGAGGUACACGUUAAAAUUAUAAUUCAGGUCCAACGUGGCAGUAGAAUAUAUAUAUAUUUAAUUAAUCAUCAAAUGGAACUGGCAAAAAAGCAUUUUCAGACUGCACAUUAUACAAUUUUUUGUCACCCGGUUCGGUCUGCACUCCCUGCCCCGCCCUCGCUAC